ACUCAGGAGUUCAUCUCUGAAGAGGGUAAACUUGUCUUUUCAUGAAACAUUCCCAUGGAUAAACCCAUGAAAUUAACCAACCGAUCAAUAACCGCAAAAAAAGGAAAGGACAAAACUACCAAUGCCUUGUUUGCUGCAUUCCCUGCUGCCACUCUCUUCAACACCAAAGCCUCUGCUCUUGGCAAAUUCGUCCGUGACCAGUGGACCCUUUGCUGCUGAUAGUCAAAGACUCCUAUCCUUUCAUACAGUAACUGCAGUAUCCAAAACUAAAAGCGAAACAAGAAUCAACAAGAAGGCUGAGGACGACUAUCAUGCCACCCUCAAAGCUCUCAAUUCUAAAGGUCGCUUUCCAAGAAAGUCACUUGGGCAGCAUUACAUGCUGAAUUCGGAGGUAAAUGAUCAACUAGUUGCUGCUGCUGAUGUGCAAGAAGGAGAUUUGGUGGUUGAAAUUGGGCCUGGUACCGGUUCUCUUACCAAUGUUCUUGUCAAUUCUGGUGCCACUGUCCUCGCAAUUGAAAAGGAUCCUUACAUGGCAGCCCUUGUAACGGAGAGAUUUUCCAGUCUAGAUGGUGUAAAGGUUUUGCAAGAGGAUUUCACAAAAUGUCAUAUACGCUCCCAUUUGUCCACAGUUUCGCAAAGUGGAAGAAAUUCUUCAGGUGUGAAACCGCAAUAUGCAAAGGUAGUCUCCAAUUUACCUUUCAACAUAAGUACAGAAGUAAUUAAGCAACUUCUUCCCAUGGGUGAUAUCUUCUCAGAAGUAAUUUUGUUACUCCAGGAGGAAGCAGCUGUGCGCAUGGUGGAUUCAUCCUUAAGGUCCUCUGAGUAUCGACCCAUUAAUAUUUUCAUCAACUUCUAUUCAGAACCUGAAUAUAAAUUUAAGGUGCCGAGGACAAAUUUCUUUCCACAACCUAAAGUUGAUGCAGCAGUAGUUUCCUUCAGACUGAAGCAACCUGUAGAUUAUCCUCCAGUUUCCUCAGCGAAAAGCUUCUUCUCAAUGGUCAACUGUGCGUUUAAUGGAAAACGUAAGAUGUUACGGAAGACACUACAACAUAUAUGCUCUCCUCCUGAGAUUGAAGAAGCUCUUGUUAGUGCUGGUCUUCCAUCCACGUCAAGGCCCGAGGAGCUUGCGCUAGAUGAUUUUGUAAGGCUGCAUAAUUCUAUUAUUGUUAAAGCCUAGGAUUUUUCUGGUGUCGCUUGGUGUUGAGGAUACUUGAGAGUAAAGGCCAGGCCCAUGGUAUCGGAAUUUGGAAUAGGGAGUGCACAGCCCUGCAGUAAUAUCACCAGCUGGGAUUUCAAACAGCUACAGGUGACAGCAAAAAGAGCAACCCCACGACACUUUGAUUUGAGCCUCCCUCCCUUGCUACUGUUGUCAAAUUCAUCAAAGCUUUAAUCCAGCAUUCUGAGCACAAGUGCUGAGAGAAUUGUCAACGUGUAAAUAUUGUAUCCCAUGUCUUGUUUCUUUCACUCUUAUUAGUAAAGUCUUGAGUAAUUAAAAACAAAUAAUGUAUUCAAAUUAUGUAUAAAUGAUAUAUUAUACAUGACUAGUGAGAAUUCAUAUAACAGACUCUAACUUGGCCUGA